AUGCGAUAUGUUCAGAAGCCAGCAAGUUUUUCUGGGUCUAAGCUCGCCAAGGAGAAGUUGCGAAUGCCUAACUUCUCGGGCACAAUCCGUUCUGCAGCGUCAUCCCUAACCGCCCGCCAACAUCUCGAACCGAGAAAGCCAGCAAACAAAAACAUGGGGCAGUUUGACUGGUUCGGCAGCAUCGGCGCCACGCCAGAGGCCGUCGCCGUGCUCAACGACCAGCCCGUCCUAUUCACCAUCCUCCUCAUCGUCUUGUUCGCCGUCAUCCUCCAAUGCGUGCUGAUAUGGUACAUUCACUACGCCACCCUGAAACCCGAGCAGAAGGUCAAGAAGGAUAAGAAGAAGCCCGCAAAAAAAUGA